CAACCGCAAGAGUGCAUUGUCAAGUAAGAAGGGAUGAAAAGUUGCACUUCAAACUUGUUUAUAUUAAAAUUGUUUUUAAUUACAAAUUUCAUAACAAAAUAAAAUGUAAAUGCACAUAAAUAAUUCGCAAAUCUUGUAUGAAAUGUAUGAAAAAACUAAUUCUUUCUACAGCUUAACUCACUUCGCAUACUCCGUCAUGUGACAUAUGUUAUUUAUUGAUAAUAAGUAGGACAUAUAUGUAUAGGCUGGUAAAGCUAAGAACUUAUUUGCAUUACAUAUUCGUGUCAGAUCUAUAUUUUCAAACAUAUUAAUUCCAAUAUGACUAUUGCAUUAAUAUCAGAAUAUUUGGAAACACAUCAAGGUAGAGAUAAAUUUUUGAGAACAUUGUCUUAUAUGGCAAAAUUUGCUACGUUGGGCACAUCCUCAAAUGAAACAGAAAAGAAAUUAAAAAUAUUUAGCAGUCAAAUGAGUGAAUGCAGAAUGAUUUUAAGAUUAUUAGAUGACAUACCAACCAUUCAUUAUGCAAUGACAUAUGGAUGGGGAAAAGAGGAGCCAGAUCGGUUGAUCAGAUGUGUGGAAUUAAUGCAGAUUUUGGUGGAUAUUAUGUUUGGCCCAGUAGAACACACUUUUUGGGCUGGCAAACAUAAAUUGAUUGAAAUUGAUACUGAAGCAUGGAAUAAUGCUUCAACAUGGUUCUGGAUAAUUUCUCUGCAACUGUCAUUGUUAAAAUCUCUGCGAAAAUUAAAGCAGUUUAACAAUUAUAAGAUGCAUCUUAGUAAAACUAACUGCAAUACAAGAAUUGCCUUGAAGACAGUAAGCAGACAGAGGUGGAAUGAAUUACUAACUUGCAUAAGAUUAGUCUUAGAUAUAAGUUAUGCAGUUAGUUAUCUGCCAUCUGGCACAUUCUGGGGAGGACAGUUAAAAACUUGGCAAGUUGGGGCGCUUGGAACAUUGUCUUCCUUGAUUGGUUUGUAUCAAGCUUUAAAUAAACGAGCCAAACACAAAAGUUCAUAAUAUCUACAGUUAAGAAUAAGGUGGCAAGAAUUGUUACAAUUAUCAGUAUAAAUAUAUUUUUUUAUUUCUGUUAAUCAAUUUAUAUAAGAAAUGUUGUGUAAUAAAUGUCAAAUGAAUCAUAAUUAAAAGAAAAUCUUAAUUGUUUAAUCUUUUUAUGUAAUUUAAAGCAUAAUUUUAUAUAUCAUGAAACAAUACAAUAUUGUUAACAUAAUAAAGAACAAUUUAUUGUUUUUAAUAUAUCAAUUUUGUGUUACAAGGUAUGUUUUAACAAGGAUAUAUGCAGUAGGAAAAAAAGCUAAAGCAAUAUAAAUUAUUGAUAUUUCGGAUAAAGCUUACUUGAUUUUAAGCUAAUUAGUAUUUAUAUAUGUUUACUAUUGAUCGAAUCGUUUUUACAUGUUAUUCGAAUGUCAGUAUUUGUAAAUUAUAGAUAUAGGUUCUAUUAUCAAUAAAAGUGAAAGAAUAGGAGGCACUUUCUGUAUGAACAUAAAUAAAAAAUAUUUUGCUACCUAGA